AUGACUUCGUACGCGUCGUAUAUUCCUAUGGGCACAAUUCCUGUCGAUGGUCCCAGCCCCUACAACAGGCAAUUUACUGGUGAAAUUGCCUCUCCUUCUGGCCUCACCCGUGGGCCGAACUUUUUUACACCCUUAACUUAUGACGGAUACACUGGGCAAGGCACGGCAUGGGUUGUAGAAGAACAACACGACUUGUAUCAUGGGAAUCCACAGACCCCUUCCAAGCGAAGGAGUGUACCCAAAACACACCCCUACCAUUACGCCCAUGACACGGCGCGUUCGCCUACCCGCGCCAAGUUCUCCAUUCCGGAGCCACCUCCUGGGUAUUUCCCCUUCUAUUCUGAAGGUUCGCAUUUGAUAACGCGUCCCAGGAGAGUAUACGCGGUGUCUCAGGCCACAGACGCGUAUAGUGACGCGUCUUACUCGCCUUCACCUCCGAUACAGAUGCGCCUGCCUGAUCCCUCACUGAUUCCGAAGAGGAGAUCCCCCUCGGAGGAGUCGGUAGAGAGCCUCAGCAGGAUGCAGCGGGAUGCGUUCACGACUCAGCGUGGACCUUCUAACUGUGAACGCGUGCCGCAGGCCGUGUUCAGAGCUCCCGCGUCGUCUGGCUCGUUCCGGUACCAGGACAUUGCGUUCCAUAAGGAAGGGUUCCCCGAGCCUGGCAUCCGUGUAGGGGAGAUUGGGCAGCCAACGUUUUUGUUGGAAGGUGCGACCGAGUGCACCCUCCCCAAUACCGGAGAUAGUUUUUUGAGCAUCCAGAUCAUGUGGCCUGGGUACGAGCCGUACAAGUUUAAGCUCAAGGCGUUUAUGGGAGAGGGCCGCGCGAAGGUUCCAAUCACGCACGAAACUAUUGCCAACAGACUUUGUGCGGAGCUUCUCGAGUUCAAGAAGUGCCUGAAGGUUGUUGACCCUAUGCUGGCCCACUCCUGGUGGAUCUCUAGACACUACGGUGACGCUGGUAUCGACAUCAAUCAGCUCUUCCUCUCGCACAUGGUGCACCGUGGUGGUUCUCACUGGCAGGUAGAGUUGUGGGCUCCCAGACGUCAGCGUCACUCAUAA